GAAGUGUUUGAGAGUGAUAGUCCUUGUUGGUAUGUUUAGACAUGGCGGCUUCAGCAACAGCGGAGAAAGCGAACCAGAUAAUUGAUGACCAGUCCCUAGCAGAAGAGGAGCUAUGGGCCGAACUGGAGAAAGAAGAAAUACCUUCCCAUAUUCGGGAGGCUAGACUUGAAGCUCUCCGUCAACAGUCCCACCAGUUCAGUCAGAUGAAAGAACUUUCUUUUGGAGAAUACACCCUCAUACCAGAUGAGAAAAGUUUCUUGGAGCUGACGACGUCAUCAAGUGUGGAAUACUGUGUGGUUCAUUUCUUCCACCCUGAUUUCAGACGCUGUUCCAUAAUGGACGUCCAUAUGGAGAGACUGUCAAAGAAAUAUUUUGGCACAAAGUUUGCCAAGCUUAAUGUGGAAAAGUCUGAUUUUAUUGUUGCCAAGCUGAAGAUCCAGAUGCUCCCUGUUGUGAUGUGCUUCAAGAAAGGCAUUGUUGUGGACAGAAUUAUUGGCUUUGAAGAGCUUGGCAACACAGAUGACUUCCCUUUCGUGGUAUUGGAAAGGAGACUGGCUAAGUCAGGAGUUAUUGAGCUUGCGGAGGAUGAGGACCCCUCUAAGAAGACAAUCUAUGGCCACAAGUCUUCUGUACGGCAACGAGCCGACGAUGAUAGUAGUGAUGACGAUGAUUAGUGCUGACUUAUGUGUGAAGCAUAGCUGUAUUUGUGAAAGUGCUGGGAUGUGCUGUUGUUUGCUUGCUGAUAUUACCACAUGGACUCUUGACUCAGGCCUUUUUUGCUCUUCCGUAUCACAUUAUGUGUCAUCUCAAUGCUCUAUCUCAAAGUGAUCUUCUCCAAAAAUAUGUGUUUAUCUUGAGAGAAAAAAUGUGUUCUGUGUAUGUCAGUUAUCAAAUAGGUUCUGAUAGCUAUUUAUGCAUGUUGCUUUAGUAUCCAAAGUAAAACUAUGCAAACAACUGACACAGACAUAAAUUAUUUUUUUUUAUGCUCUAACUAGACAUUGAACAAUUUGGAGUAGCUGCAAACUCAGUUUGCCUGAUAUUGUCUCUUUGAAUGGCAUUGAUUUUUCAUUUCUAUUCAGGAAAGCUGACAAGCUGUUGAAUUGUUUUGUCAGCUCCAUUUUUAAAACGUAGGAUUCUUUCCUCUCACUGAAAGCUAGUAAAAAGUUAUAAGUGCUUUAUGUGUUUCACUGCCAAAUGCUUUUUAAAAAAAUAUUAUUUCAUUAACAGAAUGGUUAUACUUAAUGCUAUAGGGAUCCAGUCAUAAUUGGCAUAACUAUGUAAUGAAAAUGAAAUUUGUAUGGUUCUUAUACAAAAUUUUGAAUGAUGCUUUCAAUAUGUCAGUAUAAUCUUGAAAAUGGUCAGCCUCUAUUAUGAAGAAGGAGAUUAUGUAUUGAACAAAAGGCCCUUUUUAAAUACAUACUCCUUAUGUCUGAAGUGUAAAUUUUAGUGAAAAAACUUGUGCGAGUAACUUUACCUGUAUUAAAAAAGUAAAAAUAGCUGAGCUUUUUAAUCAGAAUGUCAUCAAGUCGCAGCAAAAUGGAAGAAAGAAUGGUCUCAAGAUUCGUCCAUUUGGUACUGGAGUCUUUGAACAAAAUAAUGAAUGUUCAAUGUUUGCAUCAAAGUUUUUAUCUUUAUAUGUAUGGCAAAUAAAUGAAUGAGUAUGCCUUCCUCAAAAA